AUGAAAUCUUUCAUAACGGCUGCGAUAAUUUUUAACCCCAUGUUCUAUGUGGGGUUGUCUGUGGCUCACACAAGAGCUUCUUACUGCAAAAUACUAUGCUUGGACGCAAUACUUCAAACUCGAGUGUUCACUCUACCUGUUUUAAGACUAAAAUGUAGAGUAGAGGAAUCUAAUGAGUGUUACCAGCAUCUCUGUAGACUUGUUAACAAACAUCCGACAUCUGAAUGUCCCGGAAUCUGCCGAUUCACGGCGACAGAAUACAACAGAUUUAGCGUGGUGGGCCCCGAAGAAGGAAGCAGAAUGUCUUCUGAAAUUUGUUUGAACCCUGCUUGGAUUACCACUGCGACUCCAACUUCAACAACAACAGAAGCAACAAUGCGGUUGCGCGCGGCCCGCUCAAUCCCGAAUUUCAGGGACCUAUAUAUGGAAUCCACCGCUUGCAAAAGACUAUGCGAAAGAUUAUUCAGCAGAAUUGUCAAAAGUUCCUCUUCUUGUACUCCACGCAAUGACCGUAGAUGUUUUUUUGAAAGUUGUCAAGGCAUAAUUGGUAGCGUCGCUGCAACAGAUGAUUAUAAUGAAUGUCCUUCUAUAUGUGAUUCUAUGUCAAAUGGAAUGCAUUAUCUUUAUCUGCCUGUGCCGCCGACUAUGAAGGAAGUUAGAAAUAUUUGCUGGACGUUUGGUUUCCCAAAGAAGGCUAGAAACCAUCUAAGAACAACAGCAGUGACCUAUUCAAAUGAAGAAUUUUCCAAUUGCGAAGAGCUAUGUGAAUACCUAUUCAGUGGAAUUAUUGAGAAUUCUCGUUGCACUCAUCCGCAAAGCGAACUAUGUCUUCUUGAUACUUGUCUAUCUAUAAUUAGAUCUGAAGUGAGCACCUAUCAAGAAGGUAUUGGCAAGGAAUGUUCCGAAAUAUGUACAUUCAUAUCAGAUGAAAUGCCUGACAUUGAUAUAGCCAGAUAUAUGACUACAAUGGAAAUUAUUAGAUUUUGUGCGAAAGGAGUAUCACCAAAGAAGACUACAAAGCCUCCAAGAACAACUGCGGUAACCUACCCAUACGAAGCAUUUUCCAACUGCAAAAAGCUAUGUGUGUACGUAUUUCCUAGAACUCUUAAACCUUAUAAAUACUUUUGCCCUGAUGGAGGAAAAAAAUACAACACUUGUGUUCUCAGCUCUUGUAAGGAAGUUGUUAAGCGAACGCUGAUGGACGGCGGCCAAGAUGCCAAAAAUGCUUGCCCAAACCUGUGCUCUUCCAUGGCGAUUGCAAUGAGUAACCGCAACAUGGAUAGAAAACAGUUUGGUCAAGAACAGCUUCGCAAAUUUUGUUUGAAAAUUGUACCACCACUGAGGACUACAAAGCCUCCAAGAACAACAGCAGUAACCUACCCAUACGAAGAAUUUUCUAACUGCAGAAAGCUAUGUGUGUACGUAUUUCCUAGAACUCUUAAACCUUAUAAAUACUUUUGCCCUGAUGGAGGAAAAAAAUACAACACUUGUGUUCUCAGCUCUUGUAAGGAAGUUGUUAAGCGAACACUGAUGGACGAUGGUCAAGAUGCCAAAAAUGCUUGCCCAAACCUGUGCUCUUCCAUGGCGAUUGCAAUGAGUAACCGCAACAUGGAUAGAAAACAGUUUGGUAAAGAACAGCUUCGCAAAUUUUGUUUGAAAAUUGUACCACCACUGAGGACUACAAAGCCUCCAAGAACAACAGCAGUAACCUACCCAUACGAAGAAUUUUCCAACUGCAAAAAGCUAUGUUUAUACGUAUUUCCUAGAACUCUUAAACCUUAUAAGUACUUUUGUCAGCAUGGAGGAAAAAAAUAUAACACUUGUGUUCUCAGUUCUUGUAAGGAGGUUGUUAAGCGAACAUUGACGGACGAUGGUCAAGAUGCCAAACAUGCUUGCCCAAACCUGUGCUCGCAUAUGGCGAUUGCAAUGAGUAACCGCAACAUGGAUAGAAAACAGUUUGGUAAAGAACAGAUUCGCAAAUUUUGUUUGAAAAUUGUACCACCAGUGAUGACUACGAAGCCUCCAAGAACAACAGCAGUAACCUACCCAUACGAAGAAUUUUCCAACUGCAAAAAGCUAUGUUUAUACGUAUUUCCUAGAACUCUUAAACCUUAUAAGUACUUUUGUCAGGAUGGAGGAAAAAAAUAUAACACUUGUGUUCUCAGUUCUUGUAAGGAAGUUGUUAAGCGAACACUGAUGAACGGCGGCCAAGAUGCCAAACAUGCUUGCCCAAACCUGUGCUCGCAUAUGGCACUUGCAAUGCGUAACCGCAACAUGGAUAGAAAACAGUUUGGUAAAGAACAGAUUCACAAAUUUUGUUUGAAAAUUGUACCACCAGUGAGGACUACAAAGCCUCCAAGAACAACAGCGGUGACAGGGACAGAUAUCCCCACCACAACCGCUGAGAUGUCAUUCUCCACCACUGAGAUGCACGCCACAACAACUGAGAUUCCUACCACAACCACUGAAACGCCAUCCACAACCACUGAGAUAUCAUCUUCCACCACCGAGAUGCACUCUACAACCACUGAGAUUCCCACAACAACCACUGAAACGCCAUCCACAACCGCUGAGAUAUCAUCUUCCACCACCGAGAUGCACUCUACAACCACUGAGAUUCCCACAACAACCACUGAAACGCCAUCCACAACCGCUGAGAUAUCAUCUUCCACCACCGAGAUGCACUCUACAACCACUGAGAUUCCCACCACAACCACUGAAACGCCAUCCACAACCGCUGAGAUAUCAUCUUCCACCACCGAGAUGCACUCUACAACCACUGAGAUUCCCACCACAACUACUGAAACGCCAUCCACAACCGCUGAGAUAUCAUCUUCCACCACCGAGAUGCACUCUACAACCACUGAGAUUCCCACCACAACCACUGAAACGCCAUCCACAACCGCUAAGAUAUCAUCUUCCACCACCGAGAUGCACUCUACAACCACUGAGAUUCCCACCACAACCACUGAAACGCCAUCCACAACCGCUGAGAUUUCAUCUUCUACCACCGAGAUGCACGCCACAACCACUGAGGUUCCCAUCACAACCACUGAGAUGUCAUCCUUCACCACUGAGAUGCCCUUAUAA